CUUCAUCAGUGCCUUCUGUACCUAAAGAAUAAUGAAAAAAAAACGAAUAAAAUAAAUUGAAAUGCUCAGAAUAUCAAGUAUGAACCAUUAAAUGUAUUUCGCAGAGGACUACAUAAAAGUAUCAACGUAUAUCCAUCGAGCUCCACUUGCCUCUGAUCGUUGUAUUGCACUGAACUUCUCCGCAGCUAUACCACGAUAUCGAGCACAGCCCCAAACAUAAUUCAUUUCCCGCGAAAAUAUUUCUAUCCCCCAUGGACCUAUGAAUAAUUGAUAUUGAAUAUAUUGCGCAACACAAAGAGUAUUUUUCCUUGACGCAGCAUAUGUUUUUCUUCACACGAAAAUAAAUAAAUAAGUGAGAGUCCACAUUUAUUAUUUCUGCUUGUUCUUGCAUGCGUUCAUCCAGAGGCAGUACAACAUGAAAUCCGAAGAAUCCCAUACGUAUCUUCUGGUAUUACUGGGGUUGCACGAGUUUUGGAAUAGUGCACUUUGGCAGAAUAAUCAAUGGCAAAUGCAGGCUGGAACAAAGAUGCAAAAUAUGCAUUGGGUUUGUAUAAGGGACUGAUCCGAAUAUUAGGAAUUUGGCCACUAGAUAAUCGCGGAAUAUUUUCCACUUUACGGAUUUUUAUUGUUGUGUCCAUUCAAAUCACUAUGGCAGCAAUUUUUCUUCGUGAUUGGAUUCUCAAAGGUAACUGUGGCGCUAUAACUGAAUUGGUUGAUGCCAUAAGCAUCAUUGCAACCAGUCUGAUGUCUGCGGUGAAGAUACUCCUCCCCUGGAUCCACCAAAAGAGGGUCUCUUUCCUCGUCAACUCGGCUUUGCAAGACUGGUUGCACGUCGAAGGGAAGAUACCUCGGGAAAUAAUGCGACAAUACGCCUCCAUAGGAAGACUUGUCUUCACCGUGCAAAUGUUGGGAGCUUACAUGACAGUAAUUCCCAUCAUAUUGACGAGCCUCCCAAGAUUGGUAGAAGUUGGACAUGUGGAUAACACAAGCGUAUUCCUUCGAAAUAUACCGAUUGGGCCCAGAUGCUGGGUCUCCCUAGAAAUUUCGGAGCUGACAUACUAUCUUUAUUACACCUUCGUAUGUAUACAUUUGUUCUUUUUGGCGACUGCUUACCCCGGAGGCGAUGUCUUUGCUUUUGGCCUCGCAAUGCAUCUGUGCGGACAAUUUCAGCUACUAUACAGGAGCUUGGACGAGCUCAAUGGUGAUGAGCCUGAAUCAACUCAGCGGAUGAAAAUAUCCACAUUUUCUAGGCGUCACGAUCAACUUCUCAAACUGGCCAAUGACUUUAAAGCAGCAUUUCACAUGAUCAUCUUCUUAGAGCUCGGGGCAAAUACAUUCAUCAUCUGUAUUUCAGAAAUUAUUUUACUCUUAGCCUGCAAAACCGGAGAUACCCAGACAAUAUCAGCGAUGGCAAUCAGAAUUUACAUGAUGUACAUCGAAAUAUUCAUGUACAGCUACAUAGGCGAGCAUUUGUCCACACAAGCGGAGAAAUUACAAGUUGCUGUUUACAACAGUCCCUGGUAUAGAAUGUCGUCAGCUAUCGUGAGAGAUAUGAAAUUCAUAAUGAUGCGAAAUAAUUAUCGAUUUUAUCUCACUGCGGGUAAAGUAUGGCACAUGGACUACGCGAAUUUCAAAAAUAUCGUUAAAUCAAUGUUCUCAUAUUUUUCAAUACUUCGCUUGGAAGAAGGAAUCUAUUUUUUCACAACCUACCUCAACAUUCCAACGAAGACUACUCACAAAGAGUGUCUACACAACCCUUCUCUAGAUUUUCCGUGGAACAUUUCUUUACAUGACACUUAUAUCGAACACACGCACUCCUAUGGAGUAAAGCAGGUAAAAAUGCAUAUUCCGACUCGAAAGCAACUAAAAUAUUUUUCCAGAAUAGCAUGCACUUAUAGUUGUAACAUGGAUUAUCCACGUCCAAAGUGUCUAUGUCACAAGCUUCGUCACCUUAAUAUCAGGUAUGAACCAUUGAAUAUAUUUCGCAGAGGACUAGAUAAAAGUAUCAAUGUAUAUCCAUCGGGCUCCGCUUGCCUCCGAUCGUUGUAUUGCACUGAACUGCUCCGCAGCUAUACCACGAUAUCGAACCUCAACAUUCCAACGAAGACUACUCACAAAGAAUGUCUAGACAACCCUUCCCUACAUUUUCCGUGGAACAUUUCUUUACGUGACACUUAUAUCGAGCGCACGCACCCUCAUGGAGUAAAGCAGCUAAAAAAUGCAUAUUCCGACUCCAGCGCAACUAAAAUAUUUCUCCAGAAUACUCCUGCACAGCUGAAUGUAAGAACGAUGGCGAAGGUGGAAGCAUCGAGGGCAGCUGACCCCUGGUCACCGGACACAACAUACGCCCUCGGAUAUUACAGACUCUUGGGGAGAGGUCUUGGAAUAUGGCCUCUCGACACUCGCGGGUUUGUGCCAAAAGCGAAAAUUUUAUUUGUUGUCAUAAUGCAGUUAUGGAUGUCCAUCAGUCUGACCAAAAAACUCCUGACCAAAGGAAACUGCGGAUCUGAAACUGAAUACGUUGACGCCCUCAGCCUGAUAUUGUGUGGAUUUCUAACGGUAAUGAAAGUUGCUAUACCUAGAAUUUACCAAAAAAAUAUGAUGGCUAUCGUCGAUUCAGCUAUUAACGACUGGUCAUCAGUUGUCAGUAAUAACCGCCACCGGGUAAUGAAGAAAUAUGCAAACAUAGGACGGAUUGUGUUCCUUGUGCAGAUGAGCGGUGCAUAUACCGCCGGUUUUCCCCUCAUUUUCCUUAAAUUACCCUUCGUCAGUGCAUUGUGGAACGAGCCGGUGGAUAAUGGUACUCUUAGGGGGGUGCCCAUGGGGCCUAGAUGCUGGAUAUCUGACGAUAUUUCCACAUAUCACUACGUUGGCGAGUAUUUUGUUCAAUCGGUGCAAUUGUUCAUCGUCUGCACGGCGUACAUCGGGUGCGACACUUACUUCUUUGGUAUUGCGAUGCACGUCUGCGGACAGUUCCAAGUGCUGCAUAUGAAUUUGAGGGGUUUGAGUGCUACUGACGACAGCUUGAGGUGGAGACAGAUGCUCCGUGACUUCGUCAAGAGACACAAUCAUCUUCUUCAGAUGGCUUUUAAUUUUGAGGAGACGUACAACGUUAUUAUUCUCGCUCAAGUGGCGGUCGAUAUUUUGCUAAUUUGCAUAUCAGGGGUUGCUCUACUAAUGAGUUUGAACUCCGGCGAUUUCGUCGUCAUAUCGGGCCUCACGAUUCGAAUCUACCUCGUCUAUGUACAGCUGUUUAUGUACAGCUAUGUGGGUGAGAGCUUGAGUGCAAAUGCUACAAAUCUUUCUGUCGGUGUUUACAACAGUCCCUGGUACAAUAUGCCACUUGACAUUGUGAAAGACAUGAAAUUUAUCAUCAUGAGGACAAAUUAUUAUUUCCACUUGACUGCGGGAAAGUUAUACUGCAUGAACAUAGAAAACUUCAAAAUCCUGCUGACCAAGAUCGCCUCGUGUUUUUCGGUUCUGAGAUUAGUUUUCCACGAAUCGACAUGA